GCGUUGUGCUGCGAUGUGUUGUGCGUCUUUUGGUGGAGGAAUGCUAGUCACCUACUCCUUUUUAAGUUCUCAAAUCUCCAAAAACAAGUUGGUGUGUGGAACACCAAAAGCUUCGAGCUUUCUUCUUCAACUCUCUCUGUAAAUGGAGAAGCACAAAUGCAAGCUCUGUUCCAGAACCUUCGCUCAUGGCAGAUCGCUCGGUGGCCACAUGAAGGCCCAUUUCGCCGCUCUCCCUCUUCCUCCCAAGCCUCAACCGCCACCACCGUCUCCGCCUUCCCCUUCCUUCUCUUCUUCUUCCUCACAAGAUUCCGACGACAAGGCUCUCAUUUACGCCUUGAGAGAAAACCCCAAGAAAAGCUUCAAGCUUGCAGAUCCUGAGUUCUCUUUCGUCGAUACUGGCUCUGUUAUCGUUCAAGACCGAGAGAGCGAGACCGAGUCAAAGAACCCAACUCGCCUUCGAUCCAAGCGAACAAGAACAACCCUGAGAUCGGAGUCGGCGUCGGCAUCAGCCAAGAAGCCUAAACCCAGUCUUUCCGGGUCGCCCGCCGAACCUGAACCGGUGAGCUCGGUUUCUGAAACUAGCACUGAAGAAGAUGUCGCUAUGUGUCUCAUUAUGCUGUCGAGAGACAAAUGGAAGAGAAACGCCGUGAAGGAAGAAGAUCGAGGACGAGACGACAAAUCGAAGCGAUUCGAGGAGAUCAAGGUGAAGAAAGGAGUUCGCGGGAAGCAUCAGUGCGAGAAAUGCAGAAAAACGUUUCGAUCGUUUCGAGCAUUGGGGAAUCAUAGAAACGUGUGUUUUCUUGAUGAAGAAGCAGCAGCAGCAGUUGCUAGAAACGCAGGUAAAAACAAGAACACGAACAACAACAGCAGCAACAAUGAUUCGAUUUUCGAAUGCCCAUUUUGUUAUAAAGUGUUUGGGUCAGGACAAGCACUUGGGGGACACAAGAGGUCUCAUCUCGUACAAUCAUCAUCGUCAACCUUGAACGAUUCUGCAAGAUUGAUGAUAAAGGAAAGCUGCUUCAUAGAUCUCAACUUACCAGCUCCAGCAGCAGCAGAAGAUGAACUCAGUGUGGUCUCUGAUGCAUAAUUUUUAGAUUGUUCUUCACGCAACUCAGUAAAGCAAAUUCCUUUUUUUUUUUCUUUUCCUUUCUUUAUUUCUUGUUUAGAUCCAAAUCCUUAGCUGGUACAACAACAAUCAUCAUCAUCAUAGCUGUCUGCUGCUAUGUCUAUAUACUCUAUAGACUUAGAUGUUGAAUUUGUAGCUAACACCUGAAAUUUAUUUCAAUUCGGUUCAUUUCAUAAACUCGCACAGCAAACCCAGUAA